AUUCCCCGUGCCUAGGCAGGGGAAUGGCAGCGAUUCCCACACCUCACCAGGGGACUCGGCAGCAUCUCCCAGACCUCACCAGGGGACUCGUAUCUCCCAGACUUCAUCAGGAGACUCACAGCACUUCUCAAACCUCACCAUGGGAGUUGCAGCAUCUCCCAAACCUCAUCAGACUGACCCCAAAAAGAGGACCUGAGCUAUCUCAUGCCUUGUCUCGGUCUUCUCUCCCCCUAAGAGCUCCUUCUGAAGCAUGGCAGCAGCUUCUUUCCGCUACGGCAUGACCAUCACCGGGGCCGUGCUGCUGGUGACGGGGACGCUGUGCUUCGCCUGGUGGAGUGACGGGGAGGUGGGCGCCCAGGCCAGCAGUGGGGCUCACCUCCUGCCUCCCCGGGAAGCCCAGGCAGUUCCCAGCUCCUCCUCCUCCUCCUCCUCCUCCUCCUCCUCCAACGCCCUGCUCCGCUCCGCCAGCUUCUUCUGCUGCGGCAUCGGUGGAAUCCUUCUCCUCUUCGGGCUGCUCUGGUCUGUGAAAGCCAACGCCAGGGUCGUGUCCCGCCGCUACCAGUACCAUUUCCCCAGGGACCUGCAGUACUUCACCGCCGAGCCUCUGGAGAAGUGGAACUGCAGCACCUGGGAUGCCACCGCUAUCCCCACCUACGAAGAAGCACUGACCUGCAGACCCGCCCAUGGUGCCCCAGCCUACAUCCAGCCCCCGGGGAGGACGGAGGAGCUCACACCACCCCUGUACCACUACCCGGAGGAGGAUGAGAGCUGGCAGGGCGGCCGGCGGCGCAGCUCCUCUGACAGCGCCUUGUUCCGCCCCAGCCCCUGCUGGCUGGAGACCCAGCAGCCCGGGGAGCCGCGGGCAACGCCGCCCCCCAGCUACGACAACAUCAGCGCCCGGGGCAACUGAGCCGCUGGAAGCGUGGGGCUGGGACUCUGCGGGUGCCUGGCCAGCCCCUCCGCUCUACAUCGAGCCCCUUCCUCUCCUGGGGUGAGGAGAGGGCAAUGGGCCCAGCUGGCUUCCUGAGCGGUCGUUUGGGGCUGUUGGGACGCCGGCCCUGUGGGUGAUGUGUUGGGGCACUGGAGGGGGUAACUGGCAUGUUCGAAAGCCUUCCUGUUUGUAAUAAACCACUGCUGGCUGCA